GUGAAGGCAUGUUUUCCAUUGUUUUUAUUGUUUAUAAAUUUGAAAUAAUUAAACCAAACAGCGGUACCCGAUCGCAAAACUAAUAAAAUUAUACUAUUGAAUAUCGCUUAAUGAUGAAAUCGCAAUCCGAAUACAAACUAAAAUCGCCACCGGACGACUCGAUUUCCAGUGUAAAAUUUGGCCCCAAUACCAAUCAGUUUUUGCUGGUUUCUUCUUGGGACAGUUACGUGAGGCUGUACGAUGUGAGUUCGAAUAGUUUACGACACAAAUAUGCUCAUGAUAACGCCGUAUUGGAUUGCUGUUUUACGGACGCAGUCCACUCUUAUUCAGGUGGAUUAGAUCAUACCCUAAAAUCAUUCGACUUCAAUACAACAACUGAAACUAUUAUUGGAACGCAUACAAAUGCAAUCAAAUGUGUAGAGUACUGCAGUGAACUCAACUGUAUCUUGACAGGAAGUUGGGAUCAGCACGUGAAAAUUUGGGAUCCCAGAUCUUCAGGAGCUAGUGGUAGUUAUAAUCAAAGCGAAAAAAUAUACUCGAUGAACACUUGUGGCGAAAAAUUGUUGGUGGCCACAGCAGGAAGAAAGGUUUUUGUGUGGGAUAUCAGAAAUAUGGCCUAUGCACUUCAAAAAAGGGAAACUAGUCUUAAGUAUCAAACAAGAGCCAUCAGAGCUUUUCCAAACAAGCUAGGAUUUGUAUUAAGCAGCAUAGAAGGAAGAGUCGCUGUUGAAUAUUUGGAUACUAAUCCCGAUGUUCAAAAAAAGAAAUACGCAUUCAAAUGCCAUAGAUUGAAAGAGGACGGUUUGGAAAAAAUAUUUCCAGUUAAUGCUAUUAGUUUUCAUCCCAUCCAUAAUACUUUUUCAACUGGUGGUUCUGAUGGUUACGUGAAUAUCUGGGAUGGUUUUAACAAAAAAAGACUUUGCCAAUUUCAUCAAUAUCACACAUCUGUCACGUCGCUUAGCUUUAGUCAUAAUGGUUCAGUAUUGGCAAUUGGCUGUUCAUACUUCUUGGAAGAAGACAAUCCUCCUCAUCCACUACCAGAGGAUGCUAUUUAUAUCCGGUCUGUUACUGAUCAAGAAAGCAAACCAAAAUAUACUAGUUCUUAGGAUAGGUACUUUAUUUUUUUUGCUAUUUAAGUACUACGAAUUUCACUUAUAAUUUUAAAAUAAAUGAUUUUGUUUGAAACAAAUUUUAAGCAAAUAUAAAUUAUGAAAACAAAAAAAAACAAUAUAUUAUGUUGGAAGAUUUGGUUCUUGUUUUCUAUAAGUUUAACGGCGAACUUAUUCUACCUUAAUCACUAGAAAAUUAUGUUGGAUCAAUUCCUAAUUUAUAUAAAAAGUGCAUAAAGUGAUACUAAACGAGUGGCUCUUGUUUGUUAGGCCAUAAAGGCGGGAAGUGUUGUUGUUAUUUGCAUUUAAAUAUAACAAGUAAUACUUAUGCAAUAAACCAAGUAACAAACAUAUUGUUUGCCUAUGGACAUUGAAUUUACAAGAAUCUCAAUAAUACAAUUUUUGUACACUAUACAAAUUUCGUUUUAUAUAAUUUUUUUUCUGGAAUGCUUUGUUUUGUAAAAGUACCUACAUUAUCAAAAACUUGAGAGCAAUAUAAAACAAUAAAAUAUUCAUAAUGUUUAUCUUGGUAAUUUUUUGUGUUGGAGAUGAAUUGCAGGCGUCUGCAUCGCUGCAACUUUGCACACAUCCUCUCACAUAUCUAAAAUUUAAUUUCUGUAUCAAACAUACAUAAGAAUGUAAUUAGUUUUACCUGUUUGAAUAGUAAAAACUUCCACAAUGAGACAUUCUAACCAAUUCAGUAUCAGUAGUUAAGGUUCCACUGUCCAAAGCGCAACUUCUUACAGUUAUAGUUUCUUUAUUAUCAUCUAAAAAAGUUAAUUUGUAAAAUUAAUGUUUCGUUUUAAAGUUAAAUGUUCUUACCAAAUACUCCUGUUAUUUUAACACAAGAAGUUGCCGGAAAUAGUCCAUCUCUACCUUUUCUACCUCCCAUACAGGGGGAUUCAUAUACAUCUGAUGAAAAAUUGUUGUGAAAAGGAUCCUCGCAAGCUGGAUAAUCUUUAUUUAAUGAUAUGCAUUUGAAGCAGUCAAUUGCGUGAACUAAAAACAUUUUUUUUUUUUGAAAUAUUCUGUUAACAGAAGUUGGUGUACUACUUACUAUUUUUAAGUAAAUCAAAGAAAACUAUUAAUAAACAAUAAACUAUUUGUUGUUCCUUCAUUUCAAUAAUUCACAAAUGUUUUACUGCUUGUUCCAAACAUGUCCUAGAAAAAUAUUGAUUUUCUUGUGGAAAUAAUCAAUACGGAGAAAGUCUGUAUCUUACCAGGACUAUAAGGAAAGUUUUUAUAAAAUGCUAAUGUUCCUACAUAAAGAUAGGUCUGCUGGACCAGAAACACACAACUGGAGGUUAAAAAUUGAAUUUACAACCUUGCUUAUUAAAAAUUUAACAAGUUGCGUAGGUCAUUGAGGAAAACAUGGAAAAUGUGAGUUUUUGCGGCAAUAUUUUAUUGAUUUUAAAGCCUAGUAAUUAAAUUCUGUAAUGAUUAUUUUCAAUUUGAAUGUGAACAAAACGGAAAAAGAGUUUUAAUGAGAUAAACUUACAAAUAACUAUGAGUAAAUAGAAAAUUGAAAAGUUACUGAAGUACUGAAUGAUUUAUUUUUGAAAACCUUUACACGAUUUUACAGGAGUUCAGAAGAUGUUAGAUUUUCAAAAUUUUAGGGGAUUCUGGAGCAUUUUAGGGGUUUUUGAAAAGUUUUUAGAAAUUCUAAAUUCAAAUGACAAAUUUAAAUGGAAAAACGGAAAUCCCUAGACAUUUUGCUGUAGGAUUUCAUAAUACUUUUCCGAAUUUCAUCAUAUGAUUCUAUGGAAUUCCACCAUCAAAUUCAAUGGAAUUCUUGGACAAAAAUUCCUCGGAAUUACACUACUUAAGAAAUUUCAUGAAAUUCUUCGGUAUUCCACUAAAAUUUCAAGUUAUU